CUCUCACUAUUUUAUCCUAUCACUUCUAUAUGGAGAUUCUCCAUCAAAAUAUGGUCUAUUCAAAAUUUUCAGCCUUAGGAGAGUUUGUAGGAAGGACAUUUGUGUCAUUUAAACUAUUAAAACAAAGUAUUUUAUAGACUUCUAAAUAAAUAAUAUCUCAUACACGAGAGUUUAUUGAUGAAUCCUAAAAAAAUUCAAGUUUUCCUAAAUUUUCUACCCAUCCCAUAUUCUAGGGAGAAAAAACUUUUUUCUUCCUUUUUACGUACCAACAUUUUUAUUCACUAAUAAUAAAUAUGUCCAAAUUUCUUACCAAAAAAAAAUAUUUCUACCAUUAUCUCUUCUUCGUAUGAAAAUUUUUAUUUACUAAUAAUAAAUAUAUCCAAAUAUAACUUUUAUAACCUUUAGCUUGAAAACUAAACGUGUGGGAUUUUCAACUAUUUGGUUAGUAGCUUUAAUUGAUAAAUGUUUCAAAUUUGCAAAUAUUUUAGUUUUACACUUAAGUAAAAUUUCAUUAAAAUGAAGGUGAAUGGGAAAGAAUCUAUUGAUGAUAAAGGUAGUGAAUUCGGAAAUAGUGAUAGUGAGUAGUGACGUUGUUGAGAAGAAGGGAUCGACUAUUGAUGGUCGAUAGGAAAGUUAUAGUAAUGAAUAUGAAACUACAAUUAUAGAAAGAGAUUAUGAUACAUGUGAUAAAACAACAGCAAAGAACUUAAAAAGAUGCACAACUUUUAAUAUUGUAAAUUGGAAUAACCCUAACGAAUUCAAGCUGGGAGAAGAGAGGGGGGAAAAUGCACAAGCAACCUCCCCAGACCCUACUCGCCCAGCCGGUCGCCGCCGCCGCAAACUCAAUCUUCGACUUGCUCGAUCACCUCCUCUACAAAUCCUCUACCUCGCACAUAUCCCUGGCACCUUCGCCCGACUAUGCACCACGUGCAGGACGCUCGACACCGUCCUCUUUUUCCAUCAGACAUAGGAUCUUAUUCGCAGGCUGGCGGGACAAUGGACUGGGCCUUGGCUGAGUGGGGGGUGGAGGACUUUAACCAAGUUCUGUCGGCCAGUGAGAAGAGUGGGGCACGAGCUACUGUGAAAGUGGAGAUGAUCGAUUUCAUGAAUGUUUACUGGAUGCAGGGCUGAGUGAUUUGGGGUAUGAGGGCUAUCGCUAUAUGUGGGCAAACAGAAGAUAGGCGAAUAGCCUUAUGAGGAAUGGCUGGACAGGUACGUGGCUACACAACAAUGGCUACAAUUAUUUCCUGAUGAGCGGGUGCUUCAUCUUGACAGAUCGACCAUCGGCCAAUUAUUUGUGACACAAUGGGGAGCGGAGGACGAGGAACUUAAGUGAGGGUGGAGUUUCCGGUUUGAGCCUCCCUGGGUGAGACAUGAAGAAUGCAAAAAAAAAAAAUGUUGAGAAAGCAUGGCUUGGUCAGGGUGGAGCUAGCACGUUGGAAAAAAUAAACAGCUGUAGGAGGAAGUUGAACGAGUGGAGCAGAAGGGUUUUUCCAAAGUUUGGUGUGCAUCGUGAAAAUUCAGCGAGCAAUAAAGGUGUUGGAUAGCUCAACCAGCUCUCCUAGUGUUCUUGAUCAAAAGCAAAAACUUGAAGAGGAACUGGCCGAGCUGGAGGAGAAUGAGGAAAACUAUUGGAAGCAAAUAUCGGGAACGGACUGGUUGACUGGGGGUGACAAAAAUACAAAUUUCUUUCAUAGGAAGGCCACUGCUCGACGGAAAAGGAAUACGAUAUGGAAGCUUCAAGACGAUUUGGGCAGGUGGUAUGUUGGGCAGGAUCAGGUCUUUGACUGCAUGUACACUUACUAUAGCAAGCUGUUUACCGCUAGAGUACCACCAGAAUCGACUUUGGUGAUGAACUCAGUUCAGCGUUAGUAAACCAAGAAGAUAAUGAUAGUUUGCUGCGAGAGGUGGAGAAGGAGGAAGUAUUUCGUGCUCUUAAGCAAAUGGGACAAAGGAAGGCCCCCGAGGCCGAUUGUAUGUCAGUUCUUUUCUUCAAGAGGCAUUGGGGGUAUAAUGGGGGAUGAUGUAGCUCAAACAGUAAAGGAGAUUAUUGAAUAGAGGUGUAUUUCAGAAGGGCUGAGCCACACCCUCAUUGCGUUGAUCCCGAAGGUGAAGGCGCCGGUCAGUCCUAAGGAAUAUAGACCGAUUAGCCUGUGUAACACACUCUAUAAAUUGGUGGCAAAGGUUCAAGCAAAUCGACAUUAGCUGAUUUUGGAUAAUAACAUAUUUGUUGAGCAAAUCGCUUUCGUGCCAGAGCGUUUCAUUACUGACAAUGUUAUGGCUACUUUCGAGUGCUUCCACACAAUGAAAAAGAAGAAGGGUCUCUCUGGCUAAUUUCUAUUAAUUCUGAAUUUGUAUUUUUUUUAGCUCCAAACUCUUCUGCACCGUGGACCUGGCAAAAAAGAUACUAUCAUCAGUAAAAAACAGGUGAGAUACUACCGGGGCUCCUCUUGUUGCCUGGAUCCCAUGAAGCCUCUUCUCUCUAACCGCUAGAGCAGUGUAGGAUGAGAGGCCCUCUGCACAGAUGAGAAACAACCACGGGGAUACCGGAUCUCCUUACCGAAGACCGCGGCUUGAGAUAAAUGGUGGAACUGGGGGCCAUUUACAAGUACCGAGUAAGACACCGAGAUGACACAGAGCAUGACUAAAGAGAUCCAACUCUCGUCAAAAUCCAUGUGCCUCUGACACAGAGCAUGACCAAAGAGAUCCAGCUCUCGUCAAAACCCAUGCGCCUCAUGACAGCCGCUAGAAACGACCAUUUCACCCUAUCAUAUACUUUCGCCAUAUCAAUCUUUGCUGCCAGAUAGCCAGAGAGACCCUUCUUCUUUUUCAUUGUGUGGAAGCACUCGAAAGCAGCCAUAACAUUGUCAGUAAUGAAACGCUCUGGCACGAAAGCGAUUUGCUCAACAAAUAUGUUAUUAUCCA